AUGGCUGAGAACUCGGAAGAAUCUUUGACAUCGCAAAACACUGCCUCUUCCAACAACUCUCAGGCCACCACAACAGGUUUAGGGGCCACCCCUGAAGCUCAGAGCGAACAGGAUGACUAUGCUGGUUGGCCCGUACGUCUCGACAUGGAAGCCAGAGCUCGCAAGAUUCGAAGCAUUCUGAGAAUAGAAGCGGCGGGGUCCGGAAUGCUUUCGGACCUGGCUAUCCUGGUGGAACAGGCCGCCAAAAGCGAGGAGUUCCAUUUGAAUCAUAUCAAGCAAUUUUUGACUGCUCGGGUCGCUACCCGUGACUCGACAAUCCUCACCAAGGCCGAUGUGUCCCUUGCCAGAACCCAUUUUGGUGGCGAGAAACCGAAGUCGGGGCCAAGAAAGCGAAAGGCCGAGUCGGCUCUGGACGGGUCGGAACUCGAAGGCAAACGGGUUCGCACGAACGACGACAGCCCACCCAACAUUCCACAAGAAUAUGCCGCACCAGCAGCUCUUAUGCUUGCGACUGGCCACCAGUACAGCAACAACGCUCAGCUGCAGAAUGUCGCGACGGUCUUUCGUGGAAGUCUUCUGACACACAUUCAAGCUAUCAACGAGAGCCGCGUUGAGGCACGUAACAAGGUCUACCAACUUGAACAAUCUUUUACAGUUCAAAUGCAGCCUUAUCAGCUGCAGCUCGAGCUGCUCAAUGCUUCGAGAGAGUCUGUCAGGGUUUCGGAGGAAGCCCUCCGAGUACACAAUGGUAAUCUCACGUAUGAGUCCAUGCACGCUUCACAUGAGCUGGCCGCUUGUGUCGAACGAAAUCGACGUGACCUCGAACACCGGGAAAGCGCUCUUGGUCCUGAUUUCUUGGCCUACGAAAAGGCUACCAAGGAUCGCCUGGAUCAGUUGAGGAUGGCAACCAAAAGGCUGACGGAUGAAACACGCCAUGCGGAGUAUUUGAGAGUUGCAGUCGAGGCCGGCCCUUCGGCAUUCGCAACAAUCGAGAAGGUCCUCCAGGAUCAUAACAUCUCGCUUGGUGAAAUCAUGGCCAAGGUUCAUGUAGCAGGAGUUGACUCUGCCACACGCACUCCAGAUGAUGAAGACUAG